AACUCAAAUGACCCCAAAACUCCAUCAAUGUUCGUUGUCCUAUGCUUUCCCGACAUCAAGCUCUAGUUUCUCUGUCACUCUCUCAGAGUUAACAAUACUUUUUGCGCUUCUUGAGCUCACACCGGUUGUUCCUUUGGAAGUCCUCUGUUCGGCGAGUCUGUUGGAGUCCUUGGCACCUGGAUACCAACGCUUGGGGAAGGAUAACGUGUAGCUUGGUUGCUUCUGACGCGCCCUAAAGGUGCUAGCCCGGGUCGUCUCAAGUGUGCGGCUUUGCCGCCGCUAUGCGGCAGAUGGCCGCUGGUCCCAGUAUUAAGGAGCAGCGCGUUACAGUUGACACGGCGCUGAGCUUGCAGCUAUGGAGGGCUACUGGGCUGGCGCCUAAAGCGCUCCAAUGCCCGCGGCACGUCUUCUCUUCUGAACCUGACAGCGAGCCAUCAACUUCAGCCCCUCCAGCCGACCCAUUUGUUUUUAGAGUACCUCAGCUACCGUUAUCCUCGCAGUGCUUUUAUAACGGACCUAUCGACACCUUGCCAUCGUACCAGCAAAGCGGAAACCAGGGCCUCCAGCUGUCACGACGUCCUACGCGAG